CAAUUCUGGGUAUACAUUUUCUGAUAAGAAUGCAAUAAACAUAGCACUGUCUAGAGUAAUUUCAAGUUAUGAAUUAAAAAUGCCUUUAGAGACGUCUUGGAAGUGCCAUGUAGAGUAAAACUAGUGCCACUGAGUGUUGGAAUGGAGCGCCAAUCAAAACUCAUUAUCAAGCGGUCCAAAUCAGGCCAAGUCUAGUCGGGUAGUAGUAGUUGCAUCCUCCCAUUGCCAGGAUGUCGAACGAUGUGCAGGUGGCCCGGGUAGCCAAGAUAGCUACCGAUGUUCCGCGUCGCAGUGGCAAGCAACGAGACUCUGGCGGAUUCCAGACUAAGCAUUCCGGUAGCGCUGCUGGUGAGGAUUUCGAGUACGUCUUCGGCAGCAUUUCGCCCCGUGGAGGAGGACCUGCUGCCAGGCACUUGCUAGGAUCCUGCGACUUAGACUCUCCAGAGCACACGCAACGGGACACAACGGAGAGCGACAACAACAUCUCCAGCUGCUCCACGCUAGACAUUGUCAACAAAGUUGAGCAACUGUCAGUACAGCAGCUAGAAAACCGGGUGCGGGAACUUACCCAGCGUCUUCAUCAGGCGGAAAGACAGCUCACUGAUAGCAACACGGAACGGGAGAUAUGCCACAAGCGACUGGAAGUGGUCAGCCAAGCACACGAGUGCCGCAUCACCGAGAUGCACUGCGUCAUCGCGGAGUUAAGCAAAAAAUUGCGCAGCAAGCAGGAUCAUAUAAUUAUGGAAGAGCAGGAACCCGACGGCAGUGAACUGAGCUUUCAAGAGGGUUCUGUGUACAACUCUGAGAUUAAUCUUACUAAUCCUGAUGCCGAGUGCCAGACGGAACCAUUAGAAGAUUUAGAAGGUGCCUGCAGUACUACCAGCGUAGGCAACAUUGAUCAUAAGGCACAGGAACUUAGCCACAAGGGUCAAGUGGAGGCAUUGCAGGAGGAGGUACUACACCUAAGAGCCCAGAUCGCCCUGCUUCAGUCGGAGAUUUCCACCAAGGAUGCUGCCGUGGUUGAGGAGCAGACAAAAGUCGCCUUUUUUGGUUGCGAAACAGAUGUCAACGAGAGUGGACAGCGCCUGAAUGAUUUAAAUGCUUGCAUAUCGCUGGCGAGCCCGCAGAAACGUGUUCCCGCAGUGCCGAAAAUGGCUGAGCGAGUUAAGUUGAGAUGCGCCAGCAAACACGAAUCUAGUGAUGAUCCAUCCCAAGAGCAGCAUACAUCAUUGAGUAAUGAGCACGUUAACUUGGUAGAACAUUUGGUGUGUGAACUGAAGGAGCAAAAUCUUUUCAUGGACAGCUUUAUGGAGCCCCUGCAACUGAACAAGCAGCUGGAGCGACUGCAGCGACGUGUUGAGCAUUUGGAAAUGCGAAACACUAUGUUGGCACUGACUCUGGAUGAAUGCAAAGAACACACCGAGCACCUGUAUUUGCUAUGCGGAAAAUAUGAGUCUAAUGCGGUGGCCCUCCAGCUGGCGCUUAACUGCAGUGAUCGCGCUAUAGAAGCCUAUGAUGUUAUGUUGGCUCUGCUGGAAAGCAAGUUGGCUCUCCUUGGAGAGAAAUCGGUGGCAGCGGAAGAAAGUCGUCGAUCGGUGGAAGCAGUGGCUAGGCAUUUACUCGCCCGAUUGGACAGCGAGAAAAACGUGUGUGAAAAUAGCCUGGGACCAUGGCAGCACAACAUUAACUUAGGUCCAGAGGACGCCCCGAAGAUUGGCCGCUCUUGGUGUGGCGACGACGACAACCGCCUCCGUUAUCACGUAUCAAAGUUAAAGGGUCGUCGUUCGAGUGUCCAGCACACUAUCGUCAGUCUGGAGUCACCUUUUUGCGACAUAUACGAAAGAAAGCGUUUGGCUUUGGAGAAGGAGCAUGAGCUUCGAAGCGACGACAAGAAGUCACCUAUCGACCUGGAGACGGCCGUGAUUAUGCAGGAGCUACUUGAACUGCGGGAUGCGAAUCUCCAGCUAAAGGCAAAAAUGGAUGAGGCCGAGCAGGAACGACAAAACGCCAACGAGCGAGUGGGUAUUCUACACGAAGCCUUAAAGCAGUUGCAGGCUAACAACCGUGUCUCUUACUCGGAGGCUGAACAUGCUGCUCUCACAGAGCAACAACUGGUUGAGGCCUUAACUCGGGAAACUGAACUGAAGAGUCGAAUUCAGACGCUUUUGGCCAAUGUCACCGCCUCGCAGAAGGCCUUCGACGAGAAAUACGAGCAACUGCAUCAUAAUGUGCGCGAACUGCAGAAAUCAAACCACAAUCUGGGACAAAUGUUGGAUCACACCAAACGCAAGUACCAACUGCGUGUUAGGAAGCUCGAGCAAAAAAUCGUUGACCUGCGGCUUGACUACGAACAAGACCACAAUCAUGUUCCUGAGACAACUCUAUAAGUGUAAGGAAACGCAUGACGGCCAUCCAGGAGGACUGAGUAACUGGACGUGGUGCGGGCGCGCUUGUCACAUAUCCCGCAAAAUAUCUUUACCCUUCGAUCAUAUCGCUUAUUUUACCUUCAACGCAAUGCCCAUCUAGAUCGAAGACACCCGUCCAGCAGUUCCUCCUGGAUCCGACAUGACCAAGACAGUAUCACGAAUGUGCCAUGCUAUAAACUUGCAGCUGGUGGGGCUGAGGCGUUGCCCUUUGCCCCGCGGAUCAGGCUGCAGCCACUACAUACUCAAAUACAUACAUAUUCAGAGGUGCCAUGAACUAGGCUCCAACCUAUCCAGAUAUCCGUGGGAUUGGGGCAUCCGUCUCUGGACCAUAAGCAAUUACAUAUACACACAUACAACUAGGCAAACUAAGAAGUUAGUCACGACGCAUACACGGGAUCCUAUAUUUAUACAAUGUAUUCGCAUUUUGCUUGUUAUAUGAAUUCAAUACAUAUGUAUUUAAAAUUGUACAAAUUAUAACAUGUCUACUGAAA